UGAGUGGUAGGACAUAACCAUGAGAAGGUAGUAGUGGCAUUCAAUGAAAAAGAAAAAAAAAAAGGGGAAGAAGAGGGUGGAAUGAGAGUAUACACAUAAUCCAAGUCAUUAUGAAUGGAUGAAGAUGACACCUCACUCAAGAAUUAAAUUAACAAGGAAGGAAGGAAGGAACUGAAAGAAACCCUCUCCUUUUUCUCUUCAACAAACCCCUUCUUCAACUCCAAUCUCUUUAUUUUUUUUUCUUUUUUUCUGUUGAACAAAUUCACAAACACAUACAGUGCUUCUUUCUUAUUGCCAUCCUGCUGUGGUUGAUGAAAUGGGGGACAAGCACCAUCUCGACGACAGCAGCGAUUUCACCUCCGAGGACGAAGGCACCGAGGAUUACCGCCGCGGUGGCUACCACGCUAUCCGAAUCGGCGACACCUUCAACGCUGGUCGCUACGUCGUUCAGUCUAAGCUCGGUUGGGGCCAUUUCUCCACUGUCUGGCUCGCUUGGGACAUCAAACAUUCUAGGUAUGUGGCUUUGAAGGUUCAGAAGAGUGCUCAGCACUACACCGAGGCGGCCAUGGAUGAGAUAACGAUUUUGCAACAGAUUGCGGAGGGAGACCCUGACGAUAAGAAAUGUGUGGUGAAGCUUUUGGAUCAUUUCAAGCAUUCUGGUCCCAAUGGGCAGCAUGUCUGCAUGGUGUUUGAGUACCUUGGGGACAAUCUUUUGACGCUUAUUAAGUACUCUGAUUACCGUGGGUUGCCUAUCGCCAUGGUUAAGGAAAUUUGCUUUCAUAUUCUGGUUGGAUUGGAUUACUUGCACAAACAGCUUUCCAUCAUACAUACUGACUUGAAGCCUGAAAACAUUCUGCUUUUGUCGAUGAUUGAUCCAUCUAAGGAUCCUAGGAAGUCUGGGGCGCAGCUUAUUCUUCCUAAUAGUAAGGACAAGAUGGUGCUAGAGUCGUCAGGUGUGAAAGAUACGAAGAUGUUGAAUGGGGAUUUGGUUAUGAAUCACAAGAAGAAGAUUAAGAGAAAAGCUAAACAAGCAGCCCAUGGUUGUUUUGAGAAGGAAGUUUCUGAAGGAGUUGAGGGUAAUCCUGAAACUUCUGGGGCUGUGGAGUCGUCUCCUAAUGCGAGUUCUACAAGGGCUACCAGUUCUGCAGGAACUAGUAGGUUAUCGGAUGCUGAUGGAACAAAGUUGAAAGAGCAGGGUAACAAAAGAGGAAGUCGAUCAAUGAGACAGAAGCUGCUGGCAUCAGUUGAUCUCAAGUGCAAGUUAGUGGACUUUGGUAAUGCCUGCUGGACAUAUAAACAGUUUACUAAUGAUAUCCAGACAAGACAGUAUCGGUGCCCAGAGGUGAUUCUUGGGUCAAAAUAUUCUACGUCUGCCGAUCUUUGGUCCUUUGCUUGCAUUUGUUUUGAACUUGCAACUGGAGAUGUGUUAUUUGAUCCUCACAGUGGUGACAACUUUGAUAGGGACGAGAUUGGGAAUGGUUGGAUAAAUGCUAAUAUAUGUGCAAAGGGAAUGUAUGACUAUUUAUGGACACAUGCUUUGAACUCAGAUGAAACACAUCAAGGAAUUGAAAGGCAUUGUGACUUUGAGAGUAGGAACAUGACAAGUGAAUGCAACCAAUACCAAAUAAAGGGGAUAAUUAGAUUAGAGUGAUUUUUGUAUAAGUUCCAUGGCUUUUCCUCUCCUAUGUAUUGUUGUUCAGUAAGGAAAGUGCAAGCUUCACUUUACCAGUUAAUGAAGCAGUCCGAGAUUUAUUAAUCACACACAAAACAUCUCCAAAGUUUAGAUAAAACGUAGAAUACUACUGUCUGAAUCCCAACUUAUCAUUCACAAAACAUCUCAAAAGUUUAGAUUUUUAUGUCCCGCAUUUCCUACCCGAUUUGAAGACAACAGAUGAAUUUGCAUAUUCCAUUUAUAGAAAUUGAAAAGAGUCCACACAGAGAACGAAGCUUGAGAAAUUGAACCUAUUUCAAGUUGCAGAAUCCUUCAUAAAUGGCAAGAAAGUAGUCAAACGCCUUGACAAGUGAAAGCAGUGAAGAUUUCUCGUCUCCAUUCACAAUUUCUACACAAUCCCAUUUCACCUGUCAAUAUUCAAGUUAAAAAAACAAAAACCCAAAGCAAAGAAAGAAAAAGGAACUGAAAUUCCCCAAGUACCCUGGUUCCCAAGAACAUGCAGAGGAACCAUGGUGUCACCAGGGUGAGCCAGUUUGACCAAAGCCCACGUGAGCAAUUCCUUGUUGGGGGAGUCCAUCUUCACCCCACCACCACCUUUCGGCCACCAGAGCCUUCAUGGGAGGGUUCUCCGGUAGGAGCUGUUUGAGGCAUUUUUGACGUUGAUCAUGGCGGCGAGUGCCGGCAGCGAAGCAGCGAACCUUCGACGGCGGCAGCCUUCAGCCUUCAACUACGACAGCCUUCAACAGCGGCAGUCUUCAACGGCGACAGCCUUCAAUGGUGGCAACCUUCAAUGGUGGCAGCCUUCAACGGCGACAGCCUUCAACGGCGACAAGCGAGUGAGCUUUGACGACGGGGAUGUAACCAAGCAGAAAGCAAAGGAGGCCUUAAUUGAGAAAACAAAUAGAAAACCUAAACUGCAAACUGUAGUUAACUGUACUAGAUAUAAAAUAAGUUUAGUAUUUUUAAACUGAACUAUUAAUCAGUUUAAUCAGUUUUUAGUAAAACUUAAUUUAGUUUUUUUAAGUAUAAAAUAGUUCAGAUAAACUAUAGUUUAAGUUUUUUAAGUUAACUCUGCCCAGCUCUAUCACUUGGUGUUACCUUAUUAAGGACACACCUUUUUCUUGUCAUGGAAGCUCCUAUGUCCAAUACGUUCUACUUGUUCCAAACUUUUGUUCUUUAGUGAUUUUGGCCUCUUUUGCCUCCAACCCAAAUGAAAACUAGUCAAACAUUGUUCCACCACUUUUCCUUACAUACAAACUCAAGUCACAACCGCUCCCACUUUCCUUAAGUUUCUUAUGAUUCAGUUCCUCCUCCAACAUCAUCCCUUGCCGUGGAUCCUUCUCCAUCAAUACUAUUGCAUGACUCCACUUCAAAUUGGUCUAUUGCUCGUAAAGGAUGUAUUUGGUCUACUUGUAAUCUAUAUCCUAUUUAUAAUUUGAGUUAUCGUCAUUUGUCUUCAUUUUAUUUUUUUUUGUUUUUCUUUGUCUGCCAUAGUUGUUCCUAAAACUAUUAAAUGAGGCACUUGAUAAUCAUGGAUGAUGACAAGCCAUGAUUGAUGGAACAUGGGGUCUCUCGUAAGCAACGACACAUGGAAGGUUGUGCCUUUUCCAUCUAGAAAGAAGAUUGCUGAGUUUAAAUAGGUCUUUGUUGUUAAAGUUGGAUCUAGUGGUAUAGUUGGUUGCUUUGAAAAUUGGUUGGUGGCUAAAUGAUAUAUACAAAUUGAUGGGCUUGACUACUUUAGACUUUCUCUCCAGUGGCCAAAAUCACCACAAGUUGGCUUUUUCUUGCAACAGUCACUAUUUACCUCUUCACCAGCUUGAUGUUAAAAAUGGUUUCCUCCAUUGUCACCUUGAAGAGGAAAUUUACGUAGAACAACCUUUUGGAUUUGUUGUUCAGAGGGAGUUUGGUUGAGUGUGUAAAUCAUGCUGCUGUCUCAUGGUCUGAAACAUUCUCCUCGAGUUCAGUCGGGUAACUCCAGUCAUCUUAUGUAGGCUUUUGGAGGUAGAUAAUUCUGUUUUCUGUUGUCAUACUUCUUAGUAAGUGUGCUUAUUUAAUGAUUUAUGUUGAUGAUAUAGUUACAAAAAAUUAUAGGAUCUCUCAAAUAGAGGUGCAUUUAUUCAGCCAUUUCCAGACCACAUAUUUUGGUUUUCUAAAUUAUUUUCUGGUACACGAGUGGCUUAAUUAGGGGAAAUUGUUGUUAUUUCAGAAAGAAAAUAUGCUCUUGAUAUUCUAGGAGAGAUAGGGUUGAAAAAUUGCUAGCCUAUUAAUAAUCCCUCGGAUGUAAAUCAAAUGUUGAUGGUGGACCAAGGUGAAACAUUUUCAAAUUUAGUAAAAGAUAGGAGGCUGGUGGAAAAACUCAUUUAUCUCAAUAUUAUAAGACUUGAUAUUUCUUAUGUUGUGCGAGUUAGUCAAUUCAUGUAGAAUCCUCAUAUCGAUUAUUGGAAUGUUGUAAUAUGCAUUCUUAGAUUUAUCAAAAAGCUGCAGGACAAGAAUUGUUGUGUGAGGACAAAGAAAAUGCUCAAAUUAUAAGGUGUUUUCGUGCAGAUUAGGUUUUUUCCAUUGAUAGAAGAUUCAUCACGGGAUACUAUAUUUUCAUUGGAGAGAAUACUGUAUCCUGAAAGAGAAAGAAUCAAAACAUUGCUGCUAGGAACUAGUGCAGAAUUUGAAUAUAGAUUUAUGGCUUUGGCCCCUUGUAAACUUGUGUGAAUCAAACAACCCCUUCAAGAGUUGAAAUUUUGUGACGUUGAGCAAAUGAAGUACGUGAGGUCUAUUGGAGAUGUCACAUUGACUAAAUCUAUGACCAAAUUAUAAUAUAUAGAUGGAUGCGAAUCUCACCUUACUAAGUUGGUUUUGUAGGAUUGAACUACACAUAAAGUCAACAUUUUAAAUACGCUAUCACUAGAUACAUUCAAAGUAAAUCCUAGCCAAGUAUGUUUACCUAACGUGCCACCCACUACGAGAGUUCUUCCCUAGUCCCACUCUAGAGAUGUCCAGUCCUCGACACGAGGGAAUGAUAUGGAGAUCUCACAUCGAUGAGCAAUACCGUCAAAUUUACAUUAUAUAAGUGAUUGUAAUCUUCAUCUUACCAAACUAGCUUUGUGAGGUCAAGUUAAGUUUAAAUUUAACUUCCUCAAGAACAGUACUAGUAUUUGUGUUGCUAGUUUUGCGCAUCAUUGUACCCCAUUGUCACACUGGUGUUAGAAUAAGUUGUCUUAAACAAAAUUUAUUGAAAAGUUGUGUGGAUUGUACUGUACCUAGUUAUAUAAAUGUUUUCUUAUUCUCUUAUGUUCCCUGUUUCUGAAAUCUCCAAAGCUAUUAUAAAUAUGAGAUCCCAAGUGAGGGAAAACCAUCCUCUGAAAUUCAUUCUCUAUUCUUUUGUAUUUUUCUCAUGUAUUGGAUUGUGGAGAAAGAAAAAUAUAAAUGGAGCAAUGCAUGAUAUUGCGUAUUCAUUGGAGAGAAUAUUUUGUCAUGGAAGAGCAUGAAAUAAAGUGCUGUUACUAGAUCUAGUGCAAAAGUUGAAUAUAGAUUUAUUGCUUUGGCCACUUGAAAACGUGUGUGGAUUAAACAAUUCUUUCUAGAGUUGAAAUUAUUUGAAGUUGAUGAGAUGAAGUUGUAUUGUGAUAAUAAGGCAACCCUUUAUAUUGCUUCCAUUCUUGUGUUUUGUGUAAAAAAGACCAAAUACAUAGAGAUCGAAUGCCAUUUCAUCUUGGAGAAGCUGCUGUCCAAUGAACUAUGUACUGGAUUUAUCAGCUCUAAUAACCAACUUGUAGCCAUUCUUACUAAUUUCUGAGAGGGCCUAAAAUUCAAUUUCCAAGCUUGAUGCGUACAAUUUAUCUGAUUUAGCUUGAGGGGAAGUGUUAAGACUAUGUUUGUUAUAAUAGUGUACAACUUACAUAAAACUGUUUUGUGGUGUACCUAUCAUUAGGUUAAGGAACAUAGACUGCAAACUUUCUCUUUGAGACAUAGUUGUACUCACCUUUUUAUAUAUGUACACAUACACAUAUAUACACAUACCUAUCUUUACGGUGCAUUUUGAAAAUUAAUCCAUGAUGUGGAUUACAUUUAGUCAUGAUGUGUAUCUGGAAUAAGCAUAAAAUGAGGUAGAUAUGCAUUGAGUUUAUGACAAGCAUUUCUAGUAACAUAAUCUUUCCUAACCAGAAAUUUGUGUGCUUUCUGUUUGUUGACGUGAACUAGACAUUAGGUGAAGUUAAAUCUAGGAGGUCACAUUCCCAUGUAAAACCAUCAAGGUCUCUCUCAAUAGGACUAACCUCAUCAACAAUUAAUUUUUCGUAUGAAAUUUCAAAGCAUUGGAAUAAACCCUGCACGAGAACAAAAGCAAUAUACAAAACUCAUCCUUUCAGAGAGGAGAGCUUGGCCCAAGCAUUUGUAUGAUAAUUGCUUGUACGCUGUAAAACUCCUGUGUCCCCUUCCUACAAUAUCUAGGGAUUUGCUUUAGAUCAAGAUAAAGUAAGUUGUUUGGUGAAGACACAUGAAUGUUUUUAUUUUAUUUUUAACUAACAUGCCCCUAAUGUAUAAGAUAUUUGCGCUUUAAGCUUGGAAAAUACACAAACUAGCGAGGAAUAGAGCUUAGCCCCGUGGGUUGUGGCACCAUAUCCCUUCUGUAUAUUGUCUAAAUAGAUUUAACUUUUUUAGCCUAAAUAAUCGUUUUUAUGCAAAAAUUCUAUAAAAAGAAUAUAUUGUUCGGCGAAUUAAUUGAUUCAGGCAGAUUUUGUUUCUGUUGGUGAAACAGUUUAGUUUGCGUGCUGUUUACUUAUGCAACUUCUUGGAUGUUCUUAUUCUUUCCAAGGACGACAUAGUAAUUUACUUUGUUUGGGAGUGAUUGGUUAAAUCUCUAUAUUAUGUUAAGUUAUUUUCAGUGCUGCUGACACGUUUUGAAAUAAUUUUUACUUGUAUGUGCCCUCCAGUUUUGAUGUUUAAUAUUUUUAUUUUA